AUGCAAACAUCCAACUCGGCCGGCGUGCCCGCCGCCGCAGAAGUGUUGUCAGCAGCGGGAGGCCGGCACAGCCCGCUGUUCGACGAGCUGCGGUGGGUGAUCCACAUCCGCAGCCUGCUGUCGACAGACGGCGGCGGCGACGACGACGACGACGACGACAGCGGGAUCGCGGUGUCGGUGUUCAACGUGCCGAAGCCGCUGCUGGCGGCGCGGCCGGAGGCGUACGUGCCGCAGCUGAUCGCGGUCGGGCCGUACCACCACUGGCGGCCGGAGCUCUACGAGAUGGAGCGGUACAAGCUCGCGGCCGCCAAGCGGACGCAGAAGCACUUCCGCGCCGCGGAGUUCCGACUGCAGCAGUUGGUCGAGCAGUUUGUGAAGGUGGAGCACAAAAUCCGUGCACACUACCACAGGUAUCUCGAUUUCAACGGCGAGACGCUGGCGUGGAUGAUGGUCGUCGACGGCGCGUUCCUUCUCGAAUUCCUACAAAUCUACGCCAUCGACGACGACGAAGACAAGGCCCUUAAAAGAGUGUCGUCGAGAAUGGCGCACCUGGUCGACUUUGCGGGGCGCAAAUCCGCACACAAUUCGAUCCUCCGUGACUCGAUCAUGCUCGAAAACCAAAUCCCCCUCUUCCUACUACGAAAGAUUCUGGACCUGCAGUGUGCUUCCGCGCAAGACUCCAACAAUCUGCUCGAUCGGAUGCUCGCGGGGUACGUGAAGGAGCUUUGCCCCUUCAAAAUGAUGGAGAGUUUCGCGAGCAUCGACUCGACAAAGCACGCGCACAUACUCGAACUCCUCUACUACAUUCUAGUGCCCGAAUCGGACAAGUCGGAUGACACCGCCGUCGAAAUCGAGGAACAGAACGAUGCGACCGAGCCAAACGAGCAAACGUAUGGCGGGAAUUCGAAUUCGAGCUACGUCAAGCAACUCUUCGACACGGUUUGGAACUUCACGUUGGGGCUCAACGGGAGGCCGAUACAGUACGUCAAGCAAGUGAUCGUCUCGAGGCCUAUACAAUUUAUCGUGAAAGCGCCGUGGAACAUCCUCACUAGCCUCCCGGGCCUUUCGGUGUUGAAACAACCAGUAGAGUACUUGUUCUUUUCGUCUCAAAGCGAAGAGAACUCGAAGCAAGAGGACCCGACUUCGUCGCACAACAUAAACAAGCCGCCCUUGGUCGAGGAGAUCACGAUCCCUUCCGUGUCGGAGCUCGUUGAUGUCGGCGUUAAGUUUUCGCCCACUAAAGGUGAUAUCCACACGAUAUCGUUCGACGUGAUGACCGCGACCUUUUACCUUCCUACGAUAAGUUUAGACAUAAACACCGGGGUUAUACUACGGAAUUUGGUAGCUUACGAAGCUUCUACGGCUUCUGGGCCUUUAGUAUUCACCCGAUACACCGAGCUGAUGAACGGAAUUAUCGAUACAGAAGAAGACGUAAUGUUGUUGAGGCAAAGCGGGGUUCUAGUGAACCGAAUGAAGAGCGAUCGAGACGUCGCGAAUUUGUGGAACGGAAUGAGCAAAUCGAUUCGAUUGACGAAGGUGUCGUUCUUGGACAAAGCGAUCGAAGAUGUGAAUAAGUAUUACAAUUCUCGGUGGAGGGUUAAGACCAAAAUGUUCACGAAGAAGUACGUGUUCGGAUCGUGGCAGUUCUUGACGCUUUUAGCUGCGAUUCCGAUGCUGUUGUUGACAACUUUGCAGGCGUUUUGCUCGGUUUAUACUUGUUCGCGAUUCUUCGGUGUCGUCAAUGUGGUGAAGCAAUAG